AUGGAGAUGCGCUCUCUAACCCGCUGCCUCCGUCUGAGGCCAACAACAACAUCCUCCCUCUUCUACACCCGCCAAUUCCAAGCAGGCCUCCUCAGCAAUCAAUUCCUCCGCUUCAACUCCAACUCCUCGUCCUCACCUUCAGAUACCCGUGCCCCUUCCGAACCCUCGACCUCUUCAGAAACCGCCGCCCCCUCCGAACAAUCACCAUCAAAAUCCUCCCCGUUCAAUUUUCCCAAAAAGUCAACAUCGGCACCCAAAGAGGGAACCGACACCGAAAGCUCCAUCGAAGGAAUUCUGCAAGAAAUCAAUUUCAACAAACCCACGCCUUCUACCCCAGCUACCAACAACCCGAGCAAGGGAGACACCGGCGCCGACGCCUUCGCCAGCGCCGGGGCCAAGGAUCUGGUGAAUCCGGUCCUGAAGGUCAAUCUCCAGCUCGGUCCGACACUGGGUCGUUCGGUGCACAUUGAGCCUGGGAGGAUCCGUUUGCCUGAUGCGAUUAGGAUAUUGAAUUCGCGGCUUUCGCAGAAUAAUGUCAGGGGGGACUCCUUUACACAGAAGCACCACGUGAGGAAGGGAUUGUUGAAGAAGAAUUUGAGAAUGCGGAGGUGGAGGAAAUUGUUCAAGUACUCCUUCACGCAUACGCUGGCCAAGGUUGAAAGAAUGCGGAAGCAGGGGUGGUAG